UGUCCAGCCACCCGCAGACUCAAAGGGCCUUUGGGGCCCUGGUGGCCCCGCCUGUGGCAGUGCCCCAUGUGGCCAGCAGAGGGUGCCCCAGCCUGCCACACUGCUCUGCAACCGCAGUUAGGGUCAGCCUGGCAUGGUCUUCCAAUGGGCCAGGAAGGAUGCUCCCCUCAGGUGGGUUUGGCCCCGCUGGUUCCCAGAACUGUGCCCCUUGCAUCCACAGCUUGGGCCAUCCACCCUCCAAGGCCCAGCUUUGGCUGCCCUCUAGCUGGUGGCCAGAGGAUGAAUUGCAGAGGCGGCCAGCGUGUCUGGGAGGCCUUCUAGGCUUUGCUGUACCUGGAAGGACUCUUCCCCACGUUUGCCCGCCAGUGUCCUGCCCUCUUGUCGGGUCCUGUUGCAGCCAGCCUCCCAGAUCACCUGCCAGCUCCCAGCCCCGGCUGUGCCUUGUGCCCUUUUGCCUUGUCCUUGCCUGGCCCUCCUGCUGGACCGUGGGCUCACAGCUCACUCGCUCCUGUAGCCGCCUGCCCAGGAGGCAGGGGUCACAUGGCACAGGGCUCCCCAGGAGUCCUGAGCUGAGUCCUGGUGUAGCCCUCCAGCUGACCUGUGCUCUUGGGAGCCCUGACUGGCCAUCACCUGGGGGAGAUGCUGGCUGGAAGUCUAGCGCGGAUCCUCCAGAAAAUGUCUUCCCUGCCAGCGGUGGCCAAGAUCCCACCAGUGCCUCCCUGCCUCCCUCCCUCUGCACCGGGGACCCUUUCCUCUCUUCCUCGGGAGGAGGCCUGCCUGAGUUUGCUGCACCCCGCAGAGACACUACGGGCAGUACGACGGCUUCGUGGUCAUUCACGGCACGGACACCAUGGCCUUUGCGGCCUCCGUGCUCUCCUUCGUGCUGGAGAACCUGCAGAAAACUGUCAUCCUCACGGGCGCCCAGGUGCCCAUCCAUGCCCUGUGGAACGACAGCCGGGAGAACCUGCUGGGGGCCCUGCUCAUGGCGGGCCAGUUUGCCUCUUCUUCCAGAAUCAGCUGUUUCGGGGCAACCGAGUGACCAAGGUGGACUCGCGCAGGUUCGCGGCCUUCUGCUCCCCGCACCUGCCCCCUCUGGCCGUCAUGGGCACCGAUGUCACAAUCAACUGGGAGCUCGUGCGGAAGGCCCGAGGGAAGGCCCAGCUGGUGGUGCACAGCAGCAUGGAACGGGACGUGGGCCUGCUGCGCCUCUACCCCGGGAUCCCCGCAGCCUUGGUCCGGGCCUUCCUGCAGCCCCCCUUGAAGGGUGUGGUCAUGGAGACCUUCGGUUCGGGGAAUGGGCCCACCAAGCCGGACCUGCUGCGGGAGCUCCGGGCUGCGGCCGAGCGGGGUCUCAUCAUCCUCAACUGUUCCCACUGCCUGCAGGGGGCCGUGACCUCUGACUACGCGGCUGGCAUGGCCAUGGCAGGAGCCGGCAUUGUCUCUGGCUUCGACAUGACGUCAGAGGCCGCCCUGGCCAAGCUCUCCUACGUGCUGGGCCACCCUGGGCUGACCCCGGACGACAGGAAAGAGCUGCUGGCCAGGGACCUUCGGGGCGAGAUGACACUGCCCACGGGGGCGGAGCGCCGGCCCUCACUGAGUAGCAGCGCGCUGGGCCGGGGGCUUACCCAGCUCCUCACUCUCAGCCAGGGGCAGACGAGCCAAAGACCCCAGGGUGCUGCUCUCUCCACCCAGGAGGCCGACGCCAUACGGGAGGCCCUGGUGCCCAGCCUGGCCUGUGCUGCGGCCCAUGCCGGCGACCUGGAGGUGCUACAGGCGCUUGGGGACCUGGGCAGUGACCUGAGCCUAGAGAGCUUUAACGGUCAAACUCCUCUGCACGCGGCCGCCCGGGGAGGCCAGCCUGGGGCGGUCACCAUGCUGCUGCGGAGAGGGGUGGACGUGGACCCCCGAGAUGAGGACGGACUCAGCCCUCUGCUGCUGGCCGUGAAGGGCAGGCAUCGGGGUGUCAUUGAGCUGCUGCGGGCAGCUGGGGCCUGCCUGUCCCUCCAGGAGCUGGAGGACGCGGGGACAGAGCUGUGCAGGCUGGCGGCCAGGGCAGACCUUGAAGGCCUUCAAUCAUGGUGGCAGGCGGGGGCUGACCUGAGCAGCCCAGGCUACGACGGGCGCAGCGCCCUUCUUGUUGCAGAAGCAGCCGGGAACCUGGAAGUGGUGACCUUCCUGCAGAACCUCAAGGGUGGGGCCGGUGUCCAGGCCCCAGGCCCAGCCACUCUGUGACGCACACUCUCACGGUGCUGGAAGGCCCCAGCCAUGGCUAGGAGGUUCCUUGAGCCCGGAGGGGACCUCAGAUCCUUCUACUUUACGUCCUGCCUGCCGCGCCCCACCCCACAGGGCCAGCUCCCCACACAGGGACCCCUUGGCCCAGUGCUCCCCCCUGAUUCCUAGGGUAGAUGGGCCAAGUCCCCAGCUCACACCUCCUUCCCCCACUCCAUCGUCUGACCACCCCGCAGGUUCUCAAGUCACUGGAUUUGCUACAGUCCUCCGGUCCCUCCCUGGGAAAGGCUGGGCCCUACUGGUGAGGUGCCUGGGCUUGUCUCCCUGCCCCUCCCACCUACGCUACCUGUGCGGCGCAAGAGCAGACGGCCCGUUUUCAGGAAGUGCUGCCUGGUGUCUAACCUGAGGCCGUCGUGCUGCAGCACAGAUGGGACCUGCUGGAGGAUCACAGCCCUCCCCCACCCAGGACUCUGUGAUAUGUCCCCACUGCUGGGACUGCUUCCCUCUGUUUCCCAGACUUGGCCUGAAGAUUUUGUUGGGCGGAGUGGUAAUAAAAUCUCUCUGGGAACCCCUCCCUAGGUCCCAAAGCCCA